AUGAAGAGAAACGUAAAAGAAUUGUGGCAAUCCACCAAAACAAUUACUGUUAGUCAGACAAGGAAGACAGAGUUCAAAACAAUUCAAAGUGCCAUUGAUUCUGUCCCUUCGGGAAACUCUCAGUGGAUUCACAUUCGAAUUACUCCUGGUGUUUACAAAGAACACAUCCUAAUUCCCAUGGACAAACCAUGCAUUUAUCUUGAAAGGGCUGGUAGAAAAUCCACCAGUGUUGAAUGGGGUGACCCCCUUACACGUAAUGCUACUUUGAAUGUGAAAGCUAAUAACACUGUUGCAAAGGGCAUUACUUUCACGAAUACACACAACAACCCUGUAAUAAUGGAGAAAACUAGAAUCACACAAGCCAAGGCAGCUCGGAUCCAUGCAGAUAAAUGUGCUUUCUUGGAUUGUGCAUUUCUAGGAGUGCAAGACACCCUAUACGAUUCUUAUGGACGGCAUUACUAUCAUAAUUGCUACAUUCAAGGUGGAAUCGAUUUCAUAUAUGGGAGUGGUCAAUCAAUCUUUGAGGCAAGUACAAUAAACUUUUCAAUGGGAAAUUCUGGUGUCAAAAUAAAUGGAGUUUUUACAGCACAAGAAAGGGAAUCACCAGAUGAUCCAAGUGGAUUUGUGUUUAAAAACUGUAACAUAACUGGCUCAGGAGGAAAGGCUAUACUUGGAAGAUCCUUCACAGCUUAUGCGAGAGUCAUCAUAGUCAAUUCAUUCCUAUCAGAUGUAGUUUCACCAGAAGGAUGGAAUGCUCGUUCCUUUGUUGGCCAUGAGGAAACCAUCAUGUUUGUUGAAGAGGGAAAUAGAGGACCAGGAGCAAAUAAGUCCAAGCGUGUUCAGUGGAUAAAGGACUUAAGAGGAGCAGCACUUGAUCAUUUCUUAAAUAUCACUUACAUUGAUGAAGAAGGGUGGAUUGCCAAAUUGCCAACAAAGAUCUUCAUUUGA